AUGACCAACUUCUCCUAUAACAAAGUUAGCCCUGCCUCUGCCGCCAUCAACAACUCCUCCGCUCGGGAUGAUUCCUCCUCCGACAAUCCCUUCUCCUCCCCUACCUCUAUCCUCCGCUACAUGUCGGACCCCACGCCUUUUGACUUCUUCAGCUUCAGCAAAGUCGACGCCUUCAGCCUCAACGUCGAUCCUCCACUCCACUUUCCAGUGCUCUACCUCCCAAGUGGGGAGCAGGCAACGGUGGACAAAGAGUUCGCCGAAUUCGAUGUUGAUGACUUUCUUAUCUUUGAGCUAGUAUGA